AUGUACUGGCUAGACUCAAUCAGGAUCGCCAUAGAAAUAAGCUCUAGCGAAACCACCUGGCAACAAACGGAGGUGCAUGACGACUUCGAAGAUGAGGAGGAGGACAAAGGCUCCACGCGAAAGUUGCGGGUUCACGCUGCAGCGUCCCUCCGAUCUCCGCUUGUGCAACAGCAGACCAAAGUGGCAGCCUCAGCAAAUUGCCUGCCGACAACUAUGCCUAGUCAGUGGCUGAUUGGCGCGGUGCAUUGCUACCUUCGUGUUAACAUGAACAAGGAGAUCGAAGAACUACGGGAGGCGGGCCGGCAGGAAGCCGCCAAACAGCAGCAGGCUUCGGAACUGCAGUUGUGCAUUCAGGUGCAGGGUUAUGUCGGCGCACAUUGGUGA